GUGGAUCCCAGAGGGGAGUGAGUGGCUGAUAUAAGACUCACAGCUGAUGGGCAGAAGGAGAAGGAGAAUAAAAGUGAUGAAGGACAGAGAGGGAGGGACUGACACAGAAUAAAGGGAACAGGAGGCGGAGCCGGGGUCGGGGGGACAGGGGCAGCAGGUACAGGAGUCGGUGCAGCGGGGAGAGGAGGCGGGGCGAGAGGGCGGGGCUAGAGAAGGAGAGGGCGGGGCGAGAAGAAGCAGACGAAAAUGAGAUGAAAGAGUCGCUGCCGCUCGCGGAUCUCCGGGGCGAAAUGAUGAGAGAAGAACAAGAAGCGACGCGACUUCAGCCUGGGGGUGGGGGGGUCGCGGACUUGGUGCCCCGGACUGAGCUCUGAUGCCCCCGGGACCAACAUGCCCGUCAUGAAAGGGUUACUCGCCCCCCAGAACACUUUCCUGGACACAAUCGCCACCAGAUUCGACGGGACCCACAGCAACUUUCUGCUGGCUAAUGCCCAGGUGCACCAUGGCUGUCCCAUUGUUUACUGCUCCGAUGGGUUUUGUGAUCUCACAGGCUUUGGCCGCACGGAGGUCAUGCAGAAGAACUGCACCUGCCGGUUCCUCUAUGGGGUGGAGACCAGCGAGAACGUCAUUCAAGAAAUUGAAAGGGUCCUGGAUGAGAAGCAGGAAUACCAGGCAGAAGUCUGCCUCUACAAGAAGGAUGCAAACCUUUUCUGGUGCCAGUUGGACAUUGUGCCCAUCAAGAACGAGAAGGGAGAGGUGGUCCUGUUCUUGUUCUCAUUUAAAGACACAACGGAGAUCAGGAUGCGGAUGCAAUACAGUGACAAGAAGGAAGAGAAGCACAAGAAUCGUCGCGCUGGUUCAUCUCACUUCAGGGCAUCAAGGAGACAAAGCAGGACCAUGUUGUGCCACAUGACGGGCCAAGUCACUGGGAGAAACAAGAGUGACCUUAAACUCAAUAGUAACCUUUUAGACAACAAGCCCUCCCUGCCGGAAUACAAAGUAGCCUCUGCUGAGAAGCCUCGCUUCAUUCUCCUCCAUUACAGCAUCUUCAAAGCCCUGUGGGACUGGCUAAUCCUAUUGGCCACUUUUUACGUGGCCGUCACUGUCCCUUACAACGUUUGCUUCACCGGUCACGAUGACAGCGUUUCUGCAGCUCGGAGCACCAUCGUCAGUGACAUUGCAGUGGAAAUGCUCUUCAUUUUAGAUAUCAUCUUGAAUUUUCGGACCACCUAUGUGAGUCAUUCUGGGCAGGUGGUGUAUGAACCUCGCUCUAUCUGCAUCCAUUAUCUGGCCACUUGGUUCUUUGUAGACCUCCUUGCAGCUUUGCCUUUUGAUCUUCUCUAUGCAUUCAAUGUCACAGUGACGUCCCUCGUCCAUCUACUAAAGACCAUUAGGCUGUUGAGGCUGCUGAGGCUGCUGCAGAAGCUGGACCGAUAUUCUCAGUACAGCGCCAUGGUGCUAACUCUUCUAAUGUCUAUGUUUGCCCUCCUCGCUCAUUGGAUGGCAUGCGUCUGGUAUGUCAUUGGCCGGAAGGAGAUGGAAAGUAAUGACCCUGUCACCUGGGACAUUGGUUGGCUACAUGAGCUUGGAAAGAGACUUGAAGCUCCCUAUAUAAACAACUCUCUGGGAGGACCAUCCAUACGCAGUGCAUAUAUUGCUUCCCUCUACUUUACCCUCAGCAGCUUGACCAGUGUUGGGUUUGGGAAUGUGUGCGCCAAUACGGAUGCUGAAAAGAUUUUCUCCAUAUGCACCAUGCUCAUUGGAGCUCUCAUGCACGCCGUGGUAUUUGGUAACGUGACGGCCAUUAUCCAGCGCAUGUACUCGCGCCGUUCCCUCUAUCACACCCGCAUGACGGACCUCAAGGACUUUAUCCGUGUUCACCGGCUGCCGCAGCAGCUUAAGCAGCGCAUGUUGGAAUACUUUCAGACAACCUGGUCUGUCAACAAUGGUAUUGAUGCUAACGAGCUUCUGAAAGACUUCCCAGACGAGUUGCGUGCUGAUAUUGCUAUGCACCUGAACAAGGACAUAUUGCAGCUUCCCGUGUUUGAGACUGCAAGUCGUGGCUGCCUGCGUGCCCUCUCGCUGCAUAUAAAGACCUCCUUCUGUGCGCCGGGGGAAUACCUUCUCAGGCAGGGAGACGCUCUCCAAGCCAACUACUUUGUCUGCUCAGGGUCCCUAGAGGUCUUGAAGGAUGACAUGGUGUUGGCCAUUCUUGGUAAAGGAGAUCUAAUUGGUGCUGACCUGUCCAACAAGGACCAGGUCAUUAAAACAAAUGCUGACGUGAAGGCUCUGACAUAUUGUGACCUGCAGUAUCUCAGUCUACGAGGACUUCUGGAAGUUCUGGAACUUUAUCCUGAAUAUUGCAACAAAUUCAUGGCCGAUAUCCACCAUGACCUGACCUUUAACCUGCGAGAGGGCAGCGAGACAAAUGGCUGCUACAGAUUCUCUCGAUCGCCACGUCUAUCCCAGCCUCGUCCAGAAUCUGGUGCCACUCCGGACGAGAAACUGGCAUCGAUCUUGGAAGAUAGUGAUGAGACCGAUGAUUUCUUCCGUCAUUCACCCGCCACCAUGACCCGCAGAAAGCUACUGCUCCCCAACCUUAACAGCCCUGUGCGGCGAGGCUCCCUCAGCAGUCUCCUUGGUGAUGACUUGCGACAGUUUCACGCCUUAAGGCGCAACUGCCGCUCACCAGCCCACGGCAACCACGGCCGAAGCCCCUCUCCCCAGUGCCGCAAAGCAGAGAGAGUGACUGAUGCCGAGACCUCACGGAAGCCGGUCAACCUUCUCAUCCCUGCCCUAAACACAUUCCCUCCUCCAAAUUUAAGCCCUCGGGUGGUGGAUGGAAUAGAAGACAGUGGAGGAGGAUCUGAGAGCCAGACUUUUCAGUUUAAUGUAGACAACUCCCGAGCGAGGUCUCCCACCAGACAAUCAUCAGCUGCAGGGAUACAGAUGGUGAAUCCACUGUUGGCUGCAGAAGCAGAGGAAAUAAAGCAAAAUAUCUGCAGUCUGAAUCUGGAGAUAAACAAUCUGAACCAAGAAGUGUCCCAGCUGAGCAAGGAGCUUCAGCACAUGAUGCAUUUACUCCAAACCCUUCUGGCUGCCCAGCAGUACAAUUGCACCAUCGGAUGUCCUUACACAGUUCAAGUGUUGUCCACCCCACCAUCAGCUCAUCUGAGUUGCAAUGAUCAGCAGGCAAGAUCCGGCUACAACGCAGCCCACCCUGUGCAUCUCGUACAGGAAUCCCCAAUGCAGAGAACAGUGGGACAUGCAGCGUUUCCUUCUGACAUUGGAUACACCCAAGUCCAUUUCACUCGAGUCUCUCCAGACGCUUGCCCAAGGCCAGUAGACCCAGAAACUUUCCAUGCUUCAAGGGACUGGGGCUACAUUCCUACUAACACGCUUUGUACUACUGGGACGCCUUUGUCUCAUGAAGAGAUGGAAAGGGCCAGGUUACUACAGCACGCAGAAGAAGUGACACCCAUUCAACAGACUUCUAGUUAUAGUUCUCCAGCCUCAGGACCUCCUGUCAUUGGUCACUUAUCUAUGACCUCUAUGAGUUCUGUGCAUUCCUUCACUGACGGCCCAAAUGAAAACAACUCGCCCCAGACAUCUUCAAGCAGUGACCCUAGAACUCUGACCUGACUCCACACAACUAAUAGCAGGUGCGUCUGAGAGUUCGGGGCUUCCCAGCCUCCAUAGUGUAGGAACCUCAGUGGAAUUUAGUCUUUAUUGAAGCACAAGAAACCAAACUAAUAUUUCUGUAGAUGGUUUCAUUUUUAGCUGCAUGUUAGAAGAUACCUUAGAGUACAAGAACUGUUUUGAAGGCAGGAGGCUCUGAACAUUGUGUAAGAAGCUCUGCUAAUUUAUACAGAAAGAGGAAAGUCAUUGUCUCAGCAAAGCCUAUUCAUGAUCAAAAAGGAAACCCCGGCCUUUAGAAAAAAUAUCUUUCAGUGUGUUUCAUAUUGAGAGCUUGGGUUGGUAUCAAAUUCUGGGCAGAGCUUCCUUGCUACCACAAUGUUGUUCUUUAGCAAAGUAAGUGUAAAUAAGAUCUACAUAUUAACCCACCCUACUCUUCUUGUAGCUUCUAUACAGGUCCAAUGGGUUCUACAAAGGCCAGACGCAUAGCGGAAUAUACUAAAAGGAUUAGGGGCAGAUCAGGGACACUUUAUUUUAUGUGGGACCUACAGAAGUGUAGACAAUCUAUUGGGUCAUCAUGCUACAACGUAGCUACAAGGGGAAAACUGUACCGAUAAAGUCGGUCAUACAUAUAAUGAUGCUCUACAAUGUGUAUUCCGAUCCUGUAUAGAGAAAAACCCAGUAGCAGGUGCCGUGUGUGGCAUUUUGAAAGGCAAAGAGAUCAAGCAGCAACACAACAGACUUAUUUACUGUAAGACCAAUCAACAUCAUCCUCCAAGUUUAACAAUAUCACGCUCCUCUGCUAUGUUCCACGACAUGCAAAUGCAGAAAUGCGCAGGGUGCAAUUUUGUAGCAAGCAGAAGCGCUGCAUUCAGCACAAGGUGUUUGGGUGCAAUAGUGUCUGCACCGUGUUGCAUGAAGUUUAUCUUGCGUCUGUGAAUGAGCCUUCAAAUGAAUGUCCGUGCUAAUCUUCUUCAUUUUCAUCCUCAUGCCCUGAAACCUGAGAAUACAAGGACUGCAGUGUGUGGGGGGUUAUUGUUAUUUAAUUAUUAUUUUAAUUAACUGCUCCAUUAGCCACGUCUGCAUGAGACAUCAAGCGCUCUUAGUCAGCUUGGGAAGAAUAAAUGAGACCUCGUUCCAAAAAAAAAAAAAUUGAUGUUAAUUUUAGAAAGAUUGCUUCAACUUGAAUGUCAUUCACUUAUUAUGAGCUAUGCAUUAUGCAGUGCAUUUAUAAAGGGCAAGUACUCCUUCAUUUCUUUCCUAUGAGUCUAAUGGAAAUACUGUAUUGAGAAGUGAAUGUACUUCCACAUUGCCUUUGCUUUGCCUUCUUUCUGUCCCGGCGUUCCUGACUGCGAUAUUCUAAACUCAUCUGCAAUUAUUCUUCAUUUAUAAAUAUUUUGUAUUGCAACUGCCAGGCUUGGAAUUGGAAUAGUCGGGGCUGAAUUACCAGAAUGGAUAAUGCACAGGGGGACACUUUGAUAAUAGAUAAUAGCUGUCCCUUGUCAAUAAUAUCAUUGCAUAGGGUACAAUAGACUUCCCCAUGUUAGAGCAAUGGACUAACACAAGCCAUUCUCAAGGUGAGACAACACAUUGGUACUAAGAGCAAGGAAGGCUUUACCUGCAACCAGUGCCCCCCUAUGAUCCGACCAACUUGCUGCACAUGCGCUGGACGCAAGUUUGAAUGCACAUAUUACGUUUUGUGUUCUAACAGUGGGGUAUUACGGCUGUCAGUGGCUCCAAAUUAAGACUGAAAACCCAGCUGUCAUUUCUAACUGUCAUCAGGGCUGGCUGCCAUCUCAGCUCCCAUCUUGAGUAUGGAAAGCCCGUUGGGGCAAUGUUUGAAGAAUAAGAAGCCCUUUUAGGCAUCGUGUGUCAGAGAGAAAACUACGCUGCCC